GACCUUCCUCUUUCUCCCAGAAUGAUCUCAUUGGCUUCUUGGCAGCUGCUGCUUCUCCUCUGUGUUGCCACCUUUGGGGAGCGGCUGGCAAAGGUGGCACCUGUUGUGAACCCUGGACCCACAGGCCAGUGGUCCGGACCCCAAGAACUGGUUAAUGCCUGGGAAAAGGGCCUGCGAUAUGCAGAGAGCAAGCCCGGGGGUGCAGGGCUGCGUGCUCGAAGAACCUCACCAUGCUCGCCGGUGGAGAGCACCACCGGGCACCAGCGGCCCCUGUGUGCCGCCCGCAGUCGCCUGAUCCCUGCGCCCCGCGGAUCGGUGCUGGUGCAGCGCGAGAAGGACCUGUCAGCCUACAACUGGAACUCCUUCGGCCUGCGCUAUGGCAGGAGGCAGGCUGAGCGGGCAGCUCAGGGCUGA